AUGAAGCAUGUGACGGAUUUGUUGCGAAACAAGAGCUUUGAAGGCAUACAAUUUGAUGCUCUGCUUAUGGUUGACGACAAGACAUCGCCGACAAUGUUGAGGGAUAGGCAGAAGAUAUGGGAACUUAUAAACAAUGGCAUCGGCGCCGGUGUUGUGCAGCCCCUGAACCGUACGGUUUAUGACCACAACCGGUGCGAAGAGGCCUUUCGUUUCAUGUCUAGCGGUCGACACGUCGGCAAAGUUAUCAUUAAAAUCCGUGGCGAAGAAUCCUUCAAACAGAGCCUUCACGUUAAUGCCAUCAAAAUGGCAGCCAUUCCUCGAACGGUAUUCUUCUCUCACAAAAUAUAUAUAAUGACCGGUGGUUUGGGAGGAAUGGGUUUAGAGAUCAUUGAUUGGAUGGUCGAGAGGGGGGCGCAGAGGUUUGUGGUCACCUCGAGAUCGGGUCCCAAACAGCCGUAUCAGUACUCGCGGCUCAAGUAUUUCAAAGACUCUGGCAUUGAGAUAGUUGUGUGGACUCAACCGAUUGGUUCCGAAAGCAAUGCCAAAGAUCUGUUCGUUGAGGCCAUGAAAUUGGGUCCAAUCGGCGGUAUAUUUCACUUAUCAUUAGUGAUAAGUGACGGCUUUUUGGAGAAUCAGUCGAUCGAGUCGUUUGAUAAAGUGUUUGAAUCUAAAUCCAAACCAUUUGCACAUUUGGAUCAAUUGUCGCGACAAAUGUGUCCACAAUUGGAUCACUUUGUGGUGUUUUCAUCGGCGGUCACAUGGCUUGGAAGCGCCGGUCAAAGUAAUUACGGCUUCAGUAAUGCAGUGAUGGAGAGACUGUGCGAACUGAGACGGGGCGAGGGUUUGCCGGCUCUGGCCAUCCAAUGGGGUCCAGUCGGUGACGUCGGUUAUGUGGCCGACAAUAUCACCGCCAAUGACUAUGUAUUGGGCUCCACCCGAUCUCAGAGUAUGUACUCAUGCCUACAGACGUUGGAUGAGUUGCUUGAUUCCGAUGUCACCAUCUGUUCGAGUGUUGUGUUUAGAGACGAGAAGACACGCAAAUCCGAUUCGUUGACCGAUCGGAACAAUCUGUUGACAGCAGUGUCUCGUAUAUUAGGCCACAAAGACAUAGAGAAGUUCGACGCGAAGACCCGUUUGUCAGAACUGGGAAUGGAUUCACUGCUAAGCGUUGAGACAAAACAAAUGAUCGAAAGGGACUUUGAGUUGGUUUUGUCCACUCAGGAGAUCCAGAACUUGACGAUUGAACGCAUUCGACAGAUCGACUCUUCGGCGCCGACGGCAAGUAAUGGUGGCGGAAAGAAGACAUCGGCGGUAACGGCAACUACUUGUCAACAUACAGACACCGACCACAAGAUAACGUCCGUCGUGUCGGCCGACAAAAAUGUGUUUCAAAUACCGACAGAACGAGUCGUGUAUCUCAAUGCUAUAAAAGAUGGCCGAAAAGUGUUUUACUUACCGCCGACUGACGGCACUUACCAUCUGUUCCUUCCGGUGGCCACUCGUAUGACACGACCUGUGAUUGGACUCAAUUGGACAGAAGAGUGCCUUCAGUUCGGAUCAAUUCGAGAGACGGCGCAACACUUUCUGGACGUAAUCCACAGCGAGUUUGUCAAUCAAUUGGACGAUGGAUUUGAUUUGUGCGGCUAUUCAUACGGUGUGUUUGUGGUUUACGAUAUGUGUGUGGCGUUACAGCGAACGGCCAGUAGUGGUUCAGUAUCACCGCUACCACCGCCAAAGCUCAUAGCUUUGGACUUGUGUCCGGUACAGAACCGCAAAGAUGUUGUCUUGUCUUUGGCCGCCACUCAACAUAUAUUCAACGGCGACCAGAAGUUGUUUCUAUUGUUCUCGUUUCUGAUGGACAAGAUAUCGAUUCAGUCGCAAGAGUUGGUCCAAAGGGUGACGGGUGUGGAGCGCAGUCUAUGGGAGCGAGUGGUGGCCGAGUUGUUGAUAGAGCGCAUCGGCGACCCGUGUUUGGCACCAAAUGAGGUGAUGUUUGCCGUGAAGACACACGUCCACAAAAUGCAACACAUGAUUGACUAUACAAUCGGUGGUAACGAUAUGAACGGACAGCGACUUGAAGGCAAUGUACUGCUGAUACGGGCGGACCAACCCUUUGUUGGCACCGUUGCGGCUAAAAGUGAGUCCAGGCAUACCGUUCUUUACGACUACGGUUUUGGUGAGAUAAUUAGCGGCAAAUGUAUUGUUCACAUAUUGGAUGGCAAUCACACAAAGUUUAUGGCCAAUAAUCCGCACCACAUCUCUACAUAUAUCGCUGAUUAUCUUAAAUCAGAUAAUCAUUGA